GCAGUUUUGUUGUAAAUUAUAAGCAAUUCGCAGCGGGAUGUCGCCGCUACUGUUAAAGCUUUUGAUGAUUGCGAUCGUGUUACCACUAGUGCAUCUUCAAACGUACGAGUGCACCGCAGCUGGAAAAUUCCGCUACCAAGACGCCACCUGCCGGUCGUUUUACAUGUGCGUAUUUUACAACGGCGCUUACGUCAGAAGCGACUACACGUGCCCUUCGAACUCGGUGUUCGACGGGUCGAGUCAGACAUGCUCUAACACGGCGAUUUGUAUCGACAAUUUGUGCGACAACGUGCCUCUGACACCUCUGCUGCAGAGAUUGGCCGACCCUAAUGCGGUCAACUGUACGACUUAUAUCAUGUGCGCGGGGUUAUUUCCAAAGUAUCCCGUCUUGGUCAGUUGUCCGAACGGGUACUAUUAUAACCAGGCGUUGGAGGAUUGCUGGAUUACACCCGAUUGCUAACUUCUAAGUAAAAGAUUUUCAUCCAGCAGAAUGCGGUGAACACACAUGAUGAUGAACACACAAAUGAAUCUCCAUUAGCACCUUGUACCUAAUACAUUGGUUAUCAAUUGUCAAUAAAU